AUGGGAGGAACCUUGUACGUGCUAACAGUUUCGCAGGGGAAUCGUCGUGAUACACAACAGAACAUGAAGGGAUGUUGUGGUGGAGUCCCAGGCGUGCCUGGCUCUCAUGGAUCAGCAGGUCCAUUGGGAUCUCCUGCAAGAGAUGAUAGAGAUGGAAGAGAUGGAACAAUUGGUGAGAAAGGUGAUCGUCACGAAACAGGAGCUCAAGGAGGGAAAGGCGCAAGUGGCAAAAUUGGUCCUAAAGGACCAAAAGGAGCUAUGGGAAUACAAGGCGGCAAAGGAGAUUUGGGAGGAAAAGGAGAAAAGGGAGAGGCGACUCAGCAACUGAACUGGAAGCAAUGUUUGUGGAAGAGAGAUGAUAGCAAAGACUCUGGACUUAUUCAGGAAUGUCGCUUUAAGAAAAAGCACGGACAUACUGCACUGCAUGUGGCAUACGGAAGGACUCUGCGUAUCAAUUGUGCCGUUUGUUGUUCUCGUUGUUUCAUUAAUUUUUACGAUCAAGAGUGUACAGGACCCAUGACAAUUGACGCAGUAUAUUAUACUCAUGCAAAUAACGACAUUCAUCGUCACAGACAAAUUGAAGGUUACUGCGAGAACAUUCCAGCCGGUGACGUCAGAGUUGGUUUUUAUGUUGGAAAAUGUUCCAGUUACGGUGUGACUGAUGCUUACUCUGUCUGGAACUCCGUAUCUCAAAUAAUGAUUGCAGAGAUGCCACCGGCUCAACAGUAA